AUGAUAUCCUCCAAGAUGAUGAGUUCCAAUCCUGAGGAAGACCCUUUGGACUCAUUUCUCCAGUAUAUCGAGGAUAUGGGGAUGAAGGCCUAUGAUGGCUUGGUUAUUCAGAAUGCAUCAGACAUUGCUCGAGAAAAUGAUCGCUUGAGAAAUGAAACAAACCUGGCCUACUUGAAGGAGAAGAAUGAAAAACGCCGAAGACAAGAAGAAGCAAUAAAACGCAUAGGUGGAGAGGUAGGACGGAGCCACGACGGCAGUUACGUGGGCAAACACUUCCGCAUGGGAUUCAUGACCAUGCCUGCUCCUCAGGACAGACUUCCCCAUCCUUGCUCCAGUGGCUUUACUGUGAGGUCACAGUCCCUGCACUCGGUCGGGGGCACAGAUGAUGACAGCAGCUGUGGCUCCCGGAGACAGCCACCGCCCAAGCCCAAGCGGGACCCCAGCACCAAGCUGAGCACGUCCUCGGAGACAGUCAACAGCACAGCCGCCAGUAAGAGUGGGAAAGCCCCCGAGCGGACUGAAGUGUCGGCCAAACCGAGACCCCAUAGUGAUGAGUAUUCAAAGAAGAUUCCUCCUCCAAAACCAAAACGGAACCCAAACACUCAGCUUAGCACAUCUUUCGAUGAAACGUAUAUCAAAAAGCACGGGCCCAGGAGGACGUCGCUCACGCGAGACUCUUCCCUCUCCCAGGUCAGCAGCCCAGCGGGGGACCCCGAGGAGGAGGAGCCGGUGUAUAUCGAGAUGGUGGGGAACAUUCUCAGAGACUUCAGGAAAGAGGAUGACGACCAGAGUGAGGCCGUCUAUGAGGAAAUGAAAUACCCCAUCUUUGACGAUUUAGGCCAAGAUUCAAAAUGUGACCUUGACCAUCACAGUUGUUCUUCGCAGUGUGCUACUCCCACGGUGCCUGACUUGGACUUUGCCAAGUCCUCAGUGCCAUGUACUCCAAAAGGUUUGCUUUGUGACAUCCCGCCGCCCUUUCCCAACCUGCUUUCUCAUAGACCCCCGCUGCUGGUGUUUCCGCCAGCUCCUGUGCAGUGCUCCCCCAAUUCCGAUGAGUCUCCGCUCACCCCACUGGAGGUCACAAAGCUUCCUGUGCUGGAAAACGUGUCUUAUAUGAAACAGCAGGCUGGAGCAUCUCCAUCCUCACUGCCCUCUCAUAUCCCUGGCCAUCCCAAACUGGAGAAAGACCAGACCGGAGCCCUAGGACCAGCUCCUGCUGCUUCUGUGCUCUCCUCGUCCCCUCCCCCGCCUUCCACUUUGUACCGAACGCAGUCUCCCCACGGCUACCCUAAAAGUCACUCGGCCUCCCCAUCACCUGUGAGCAUGGGGCGGUCCCUGACCCCGCUCAGUCUCAAAAGGCCUCCACCCUAUGAUGCUGUGCAUUCAGGCAGCCUCUCAAGGAGCUCUCCAUCAGUGCCUCAUUCCACCACCAGACCAGUGUCGCAAGAUGGGAGCAAGAUGGUCAACGCUGCGGUGAAUACCUACGGGUCGGCUCCGAGCGGCUCCCGGUCCAGGACACCCACGAGUCCUCUGGAAGAACUAACCAGCCUCUUUACCUCAGGACGGAGCCUGCUGAGGAAGUCGGCCAGCGGCCGCCGUUCUAAAGAACCCGCUGAGAAAUCGACAGAGGAACUGAAAGUCCGAAGCCACAGCACGGAGCCAUUACCAAAGUUGGACAGCAAAGAGAGAGGGCAUCAUGGGGCAUCUUCCUCCAGAGAGCCUAUCAAAGCUCAGGAAUGGGAUGGAACGCCAGGGCCACCUGUGGUCACCAGUAGACUGGGAAGAUGUUCUGUGAGCCCCACCUUGUUAGCAGGAAACCACAGCUCAGAACCGAAAGUAAGCUGCAAACUAGGCCGGUCUGCGUCCACAUCAGGUGUGCCCCCGCCAUCAGUUACUCCUCUCAGGCAAGCCAGUGACCUGCAACAGAGCCAGGUGGCAUGCAUGCAGUGGUUUCAUGGAGACCAUACAAUGCUUGAGAUGAUUGAGAAAAAACGUUGCUUGUGCAAAGAAAUAAAGGCUAGACAGAAAACGGAAAAGGGCCUUUGCAAACAGGAUAGCAUGCCUAUCCUACCCAGCUGGAAGAAGAAUGCAGGUGCAAAGAAGUGCAGCCCUCCACCCUAUUCCAAACAGCAAACGGUAUUUUGGGAUACGGCCAUAUGA